GAUUCGGGCUGUUGCGGACUGAUCUGUGCUGAGACAUGGACUCUUGGAUUUGGAGGGCUCUGGAGUGGAGGCUGUCUGGAGGGCUGGAUUUAAGGUGCUUACAAAAUGGUGAGUCAGGCUCUCUGUCAGCAGGAUCGACUGCAGCUCAUCGCAGAGAAGAGGAAGUGGCAGACAGAGAUCGAGAACAAGAAACGUCAGCUGGAGGAUGACAGGAGAGCUCUGCAGCACCUGAAGUCGAAGGCUCUGAGGGAGCGCUGGCUGCUGGAUGGAGCUCCUUCUGCUGGACUAGAACAGGAUGAAGUCAAGAGACAACUGGAGCAGGAUGAGGCCAAGACCAGGAGCCUGGAGGACACCAUCAACAGGUUGGAGCAGGAGCUGGUCAGUCUAGAAACUGGAGCUGUGUGUCAGACCAUAACACACACCACGGUGUCAUCAGGAUCAGUUCAAGAUGUAGCGGUCAAAGGUCACAGCAGCAGUCAGCAGGACAGAGCUGCGCCGUCAGGUCAGGUAGUCCAAGAGGUCAAAGUUCACAAAAGUCCUCGAAUGAACAAAUCGAGAGAGGGGACGGAGGAGGUGAAGAGAGCGAUGUACUCAGUGGAGAUUAAGGUUGAACGGGACAAACUGACGGGGGAAACCCGGGUCCUGUCCACUAACACCACACUUCCUGUUGACCUCUCUCAGCAAGGGGUCAAAGUUUACGAGGACGAGCAGAAAGUGGUCCAUGAGAUGAACGGUGAAGACGGCGUCCACCUGCUCAGCUCGUCCGAGGUCGAUGAGCUCAUCCACAAAGCCGACGAAGCUUCAAUGAUGUCACAGACUGUCGCCACGGUGACCUCGCUCCCGACAGCAGAGUUCCAGGAGGAGGCCGUGCCCGAGCCGCCACGUUCGGAGCCGCCGCCGCAGGUCGCGGUGGAGAUCACGGGGCUGGAGGCUAAACCUCAUGGCGAGCCGACCGUGGCCAAGGCCAGCGCCGAGAACCCAGUCACCAUGGUGUUCAUGGGAUACCAGAGCGUGGAGGACGAGGCAGAGACCAAGAAGGUGCUGGGGCUGCAGGGGACGGUGACGGCCGAGCUGGUGCUAAUCGACGACACUGACGGCCAAACAUCACCGGGAGGGGGAGGGAAGGAGGGGGUCGGCAGCGGAGCCCAGACGGCAGCACCGCCUCCUCCUGCCUCCACCGCCCCGCCACCGACCACCAAAGCUCCUGUGACGGCAACAGCCAGUAACGGGGAUACGGCGGGGGAGGUGGUGGGGGAGGUGGAGGGAGGAGCGGUGGAGAUAAAGAAGGAGAAGCAGCCGUGUAAGUGCUGCAGUAUUAUGUGAUCCUGCAGGGGGUGCUGCUUUACAAUAUAAUACAGUAAUAUAAUAAUAAAAACGGAGACUUUCCAGAACAAAAAACUACAUGAACUAAACUCCACCCACUGCCCUAAACCUCGCCUUUAACAACAUGACAUCACUUCCUGUUCCCUGUCGCUUCAUUCUCAUCUGCUUUGUAAGACCUGUCAUUACUUUUUUCUAUUUUCUUGAGGCUUUUUUACUUUUGUACUCCUCAUGUCUCCGGUUGUGUCACCUGAUGCGUCUGAUUAGCAUUACUAUUAACAUUAGCGUUAGCGUUAGCAGUCCCGAGAUUUGUAUCAUUGACCCGCUCUCUCUCUUUUGAAGCUCCGUCAUAUAAACCAGUGCAUUAACUUGAGAGUGUAUUUAUUUGACUCCUGCUGCAGAGUUUCUCUCAGUGAUUCGGUUGGUGGGAAAACUCUUUCAGCUUCUUUUGGGUUUUAUAAAAGAGAAAAUAAAAGUGACCCAACA